CCGCCCCCCUCACCCCCCAGACCCCUCCCCAAUCCCACCCUACCCAACAAUCUCUCUCCGCUUCGCUCUCCUCUGCUAGGUUCUCUCUCUCUCUCUCUCUCUCUCCUGUUUCCCAUUUCUGCGCUCUUGUUUUGGCUUGUUCUGGUUUCGGACAAGGUGCUGUUUGUGUUUUUUCUUUAGUUGGUUCGAAAGCGAAUUGUUUGGGGCAAAUGGAGGCUGCUAAAUUGGGUUCUGAUGCGGGUGCUUUGAGGAAGCAUCUUGUCGUCUGUUCGUUUGUCGAGGCUGCUGUGGUGAACUUUCUUUUUGCAGCUCCCAAGUCUCUAGCUUGCCUUCUUCUGCUGACCGGAACGCUGCUGAACGGCGCUGGUGACUUACUGGACUGGACCGACAAACGGUUCCCAAUGGAAGAGCUUGCGAGAUGCGCGAAGCCCGGGCCAGAAAACAAAGAUGCGAGCGACACAGAGGAUGAUAACGAAGAUGACGACGAGGAAGCAGAAGAACCUGACGAAGAUGACGACGAUGCUGGCGAUGAGGACUUCUCGGGCGGCGAAGAAGGUGGAGAUGACGACGAAGGGGAUCCCGAGGAGGAUCCUGAGGCUAACGGCGAUGGGGGAAGUGACGACGACGAUGAGGAUGACGACGAGGAUAAUGGUGAGGACGACGAGGAGGGUGAGGAGGAAGAUGAGGACGAUGACGACGAGGAGGAUCAGCCGCCGGCGAAGAAGAGGAAGUGAACAGCUUGGGGGCGGCGGCGGGCCGCCGGAGAAGGAGUUAGCAGCUUGUUUGUUUUUACUUCAACAGAGUAGGAGAUAAGAUUUGAUCAUCGUUUUCGUGAGUGAACUGAAGUGAAGUGAAUUGCAUUUCAUCAUUUGACAGAAUUUCUGGAUUUUUAAGUUAUGUUAUGUUAGUUGUAUGAUUUUUAAUUUUA